CAAAAGCUCACGGGUUCCGCAGCCUCGAUGCAAGUUUUAAUGACCGCUAAUUCACGACAAGAUGACAACACCACAACUGUCCUUCAAAUGCCUACAAUGCCAUCUGCGCGCCAUUCCAAGGGCCCCGCGGCGCUUGUAUCAUGCCUCCGCAUAUCUCCUGGCUGAUCUUCCAAGGCCUACGGUCGCACCGAAGAUCUCAAUUGACAUCAAGCACAUCCGCCAAAAUGCAGCUCUCUAUGAGCAAAACUGCCUGGAGCGCAACUACAAAACCCAAUCCACCUACCCUGCAAGAAUAAACGCGCUCCUUGAGCAAUGGCACAUCCACCAGCGCGAAGCCCGUGGUUUAAGAGAGCGGAACAAUCGGCUGAAGCUGCAGCUCGCAAUUCCUACUACACUUCGAGACGAGGAUUCCGACGAGGCGCUGGGCCUGAAGGAUAUGACAAAGGAGCAAUUGAUCGACGAGGCCCGAGCACUGAAAGAGAAGAUAUCCUCAAUUGAAGAGAAGGAGUCUGCUGUUCAGUCCGAAAUCGAUUCUCUCGCAGCAGCAAUCCCAAAUCUCACGAGCAAGGAAACGCCCAGAGGCAAUGAGCCAAAGGUGGUUGGCUACAUCAACGAACAUCCCGAACCAGACCCUUCUUCUUCCGAUCGAGUCUGGCGGUCACAUGUACAUAUUGGCAGCGAAUUGAAUCUUCUCGACUUCGCAGGCGCGGCUACGACAAGUGGAUGGGGAUGGUAUUUCCUACUCAACGAAGCUGCACAACUUGAACAGGCAUUGGUACAAUAUGCGCUCAGCGUAGCCCGGAAACACGGCUGGGGAAUGGCGAGCCCACCCAGUAUGGUAUAUAGCCACAUCGCAGCAGCGUGUGGAUUUCAACCGCGAGAUCAGAAUGGCGAGCAGCAGAUUUACAACAUCCAGCAGAAUCCCAAUGACGUGGGGAGGAAACCAGAGCUGAGUCUUGCGGGGACGGCGGAGAUACCGCUUGCUGGGAUGAAAGCGAAUACUACCCUCGAAGAGUCGGAUUUACCGUUGAAGCGUGUCGGUGUCUCUCGUUGCUUUCGGGCUGAGGCUGGUGCAAGAGGGGUUGAUACGAAAGGUUUAUACCGUGUUCAUGAGUUUACGAAAGUCGAGAUGUUUGCCUGGACAAUGAAUUCUACGGAAGCCUCUACUGCAGUCUUUGAUGAGAUCCUAUCUAUUCAAACCGAGAUCUUGCAAUCGCUAGGACUGCACUGCAGAAUCCUAGAGAUGUCUAGUACGGAUCUGGGAGCAUCUGCAACGCGGAAACGCGAUAUUGAGGCUUUCUUUCCGGCCAGGCCAAAGGAUGAUGGGUGGGGAGAAGUCACGUCUGUGAGCACAUGCUCAGAUUACCAGAGUCGAAGGCUGGCUACAAAAGUCGAUGUCCGGAAUCUCGGGGGCAAGAUUGCCUUCCCUUAUACCGUGAAUGGUACUGCUUUGGCUGUCCCGAGGGUUUUAGCGGCGAUUUUGGAGAACGGGUGGAAUGAGAGGAAUCUGGAAGUCAAGAUACCCGAAGUGUUAUGGCCGUGGAUGGAUGGGAUGAAAGUCAUUAAGCAGAAGGAAAGGCUGCGGUAAAUAAUGUCUUAUGUGAAAAUUUCUGUAUAUUUCUGGCCCGGAGAAGUUGUAUAUACACACACAACGCUGCUAUGCUCCAAUUCCAACUCUUCUCCAGAGACUUCGAACUACCAAGGUCCUGAAAGUAAAUCUCAAUUCACAUAAAUACAACAGAUGAAACC